AUGGCAUCCUCCGCUUCGCCGUCCUGGGUCAUCAUGGGGAGAGUGCCGCGGGUGACAGCGGCCGACGGCGACCUCCCUCCGGGCACCGACCUCUCCCUCGCGCUGCCGGCGCCGCCGCGCGUCGCGCAGCUCACCAUCCCCCCGCGCAUCUUCCCAGGCCGCACCACCCCCAACAACUUCCCCUCCGUCCUCGCCGUCGACGCCUCCGGCCUCCUCCUCCUCAAAGCGGACCAGGGCCCCGCCACGGGCCCCACCGUCAUCGACCUGCCCGGCCGCCAGGAGUUCUCCUGGCGCCCAACCGUCGCGGGCUACUUCGUCCUCGACGCCAACACCGCCUCCGCCGUCGCGCUCCCCGACGCCAAGUACAUCAUGCACCCGGGCCACCUCGGCCUCGUCACCUCGCCCGCCGAUGACGGCCACUACAUGGUCGCGGAGCUCCAGAUGAUCAUCGGCGGCGACACCGCCGACCUCCUCUGCUUCUCGUCCCACACCGGGGAGUGGGUCACCAAGGACGUCCCCUACCCGCUUCCGCCGCGCCCGCUCAGCCCCAGCGGCGUCGUCGCGCUCUCCGGGAGGCUCUGGUGGGUCGACCUCUCCUGGUGCCUCCUCACCUGCGACCCCUUCGCCGACGCGCCGGUGCUCACCGUCGUCCCGCUUCCGGAGGGCAAGGCGCUCCAGUACGGAGAAGCUGGCGGACUGCUCGACAAGUACCGCUGCGUCGGUGUCAGCGCCGGCAAGCUCAGGUUCGUCGACAUGUACAGGAACCGCAACAGCGCCGGCGCUGCGCAGAUCACCGUCUGGACGCUCGCCGAUCCGGACUCCACGGAGUGGACGCUGGAGUACGAGGCCGCCUUUGGGGAGAUCUGCAACGACGACAGCUUCAAGGCGGCCGGUCUGCCGAGGAAGAUCCCCGUGCUUGCCCUCAUCCACCCCACCAACCCCGACGUGCUCUACUUCUUCCUGGACGAGCACAUGGUCGGCGUCGACGUGCGUGCUCGCAAGGUUGUGGACUGCGAGGUCUACGAGCUGGUUGAGCCGCCCCGCGAACACGUCUCAAGCCGUUUCGUUCAUGCUUGGCAGCUGCCACGGGCUCUCUGCUCAGGUUCUGCAAAGGAGACUGAAGAUGAUGGCGUGAAUGACGAGCUGCAGCAACUGCCUCUGUGA